AGUUAAGGGAUAAAGCAGAGCGUGGCGCGAGGGAAAAGUAGUUCCCUACUCCCUCCGACGUCACACGAAUUGAUCUCCAAAGUGCCUGGUCGAAUCGCGCCUCUAUUUCUAGCUCUAUGUUUGCACUCUCAAGAUUCUUGUGUCUUUGGGCUGCUCCCGGCGCACUAAAUUGUGGGAGGUCUCUGGUGGCAUAAAGAAGAGCGUGGCGCGAGGAUACUGAGAGUCUCGCGAACGUUCUUGAAGCGCAAGAAUCUCCAAAGCGCCUAGUUUGGCUCGCGCUUCUAUCUCUAUAUCGCCCUCUUACUACUGUCUUGACUCUUUGAGCUGGGCUGCUCUCCCGGCGCAGUGCAUUAUGGGAGACUCUGGCGGCAGCGUCGGUUAAACGAAGGGAUAGUGGAGAACAGGGGGGGCGUUCCUGAAGCGCAAGGAUCCCCAAAGGGCCUGGUCGAAUCAUCGCGCUUCUAUUGGUCUAGCUCUAUGUUUCCCUCCGUGUCGUCGUCUCUCAGAACUGAGCUGCCCCUGGCGCAGUGCAUUGUGGGAGGCUCUGACGUCACAGCAGAGUCGGUUAAAGACUAGGGAUAAAGAAGAAGAGCGUGCGGCGCCAGGAGGAGGAAGGAUGCUGACCUCGCGGACGUUCCUGAAGCGCACUCGUGCCGGCGCGGUGCUGAAGGUGGUGCGCGAGCACUACCUGCGCGAGGACAUCGGCUGCGGGGCAGCCGCCUGCGCGCUCUGCGGCGGCCACGACUCUCCUGAGGGGGCCCCCUUCCUGGAAGCAGAGCCCAGCGGCGCCGCCAGCAGCCUCUGCCCCGAGCCCCACUACCUCCUCCCCGACACCAACCUCCUCCUGCACCAGGUUGAUAUUCUCGAAGACCCUGUCAUUAGGAACGUUAUUGUACUUCAGACAGUCCUGCAGGAAGUGAGAAAGCGAAGUGCGCCUGUGUACAAGAGAAUAAAAGACGUAAUAGCUAACCCUGAAAAGCACUUCUAUUCCUUCACUAAUGAGCAUCAUAAGGAAACAUAUAUAGAACAAGAACAAGGGGAAAAUUCUAAUGAUCGCAAUGAUAGAGCCAUCAGAGUAGCAGUAAAGUGGUACAAUGAACAUCUGGCAAAGUUACAAACUGAAGAAAAGAUUAAAGUUAUCUUGCUCACCAAUGACAGAAAAAAUAAAAAUAAAGCCGUGGAAGAGGGAAUAACUGCUUAUACAUGCGAAGAAUACAUAAAGAGCUUAAUAGCUAAUCCUGAGCUUGUAGAUCGUCUUGCCUGCUUAAAUGAUGAAGGGAAUGAGAUAGAAAGUGGAAGGAUUAUUUUCUCAGAGCAUCUUCCUCUUAGCAAAUUGCAGCAGGGUAUAAAGUCCGGCCUCUACCUUCAAGGAACUUUCAGAGCUAACAGAGAUAAUUACCUUGAAGCUACUGUUUGGGUUCAUGGAGAUGGAGACCAGAGAGAGGUAAUAAUACAAGGGCUUAGAAACCUGAACCGUGCAGUGCAUGAAGAUAUUGUAGCAGUGGAACUUUUGUCAAAAGAUGCGUGGGCUGCACCAUCCUCUGUGGUCUUACUUGACGAUGAGGCUCAAAAUGAAGAUGAUGAUGUCGAAAAAGAAGAGGAGAAAGAAAACAGUCUGAAGACGUCUGUGAACAAGAAUAUGCUGCGACCAACUGGCAGAGUGGUGGGCAUUAUAAAAAGAAACUGGAGGCCUUACUGUGGAAUGCUUUCUAAAUCACAAAUUAAAGAGUCAAGGAGGCAUUUAUUUACGCCAGCUGAUCGUCGAAUUCCUCGGAUUCGAAUAGAAACAAGGCAAGCUUCAACACUUGAAGGACAAAGAAUUAUUGUUGCCAUUGAUGGUUGGCCUAGAAGUUCAAGAUACCCUCAUGGUCAUUUUGUAAAGAAUUUAGGAGCCGCUGGAGAUAAAGAAACUGAGACUGAAGUCCUGUUGCUUGAACAUGAUGUCCCUCACCAACCAUUCUCCCAAGCAGUUCUUAGCUUCCUUCCUCAAAUGCCCUGGAGCAUUACUGACAAGGACAUGAAAUUUAGAGAAGACCUAAGGCAUUUGUGUGUGUGUAGUGUGGAUCCUCCUGGCUGUACUGAUAUUGAUGAUGCAUUGCACUGCAGGGACUUGGAAAAUGGAAAUCUGGAGGUUGGUGUACACAUUGCAGACGUCAGCCAUUUCAUUCGACCAGGAAAUGCUUUGGAUCAAGAAUCUGCAAAAAGAGGGACAACCGUGUAUUUGUGUGAAAAAAGGAUUGAUAUGGUUCCAGAGCUACUUAGUUCUAACUUAUGUUCGUUGAGAUCCAACGUUGACAGGCUUGCAUUUUCAUGCAUUUGGGAACUGACUCACAAUGCGGAAAUACUGAGCACACGAUUUACCAAAAGUGUCAUUAAUUCCAAGGCUUCCCUUACAUAUGCUGAGGCACAAAUGAGAAUAGAUUCUGCCAGCAUGAAUGAUGACAUUACUUGUAGCCUGCGUGGAUUAAAUAAACUAGCCAAAAUUCUUAAGAAGCGUCGAAUAGAUAAUGGGGCUUUAACACUGGCUUCGCCUGAAGUUCGCUUCCACAUGGAUAGUGAAACUCAUGAUCCUAUCGAUUUACAGACAAAGGAACUCAAGGAAACAAACUCCAUGGUUGAAGAGUUCAUGUUGCUUGCUAAUAUUUCUGUAGCACAAAAGAUCUAUGAUGAAUUCUCAGAGCAUGCCUUGCUGAGAAAGCAUCCAGCUCCACCACCCUCUAAUUAUGACAUCCUUGUGAAGGCAGCAAAGUCUAAGGGUUUGGAAAUCAAAACUGACUCUGCAAAAGCUCUGGCUGAUUCCCUAGAUCGUGCAGAAUCCCUGUCUUUCCCAUACUUGAACACCCUGUUACGUAUUUUGGCUACCCGCUGUAUGAUGCAAGCUGUUUAUUUUUGCUCAGGAAUGGACAAUGACUUUCAUCACUAUGGUUUAGCAUCACCUAUUUAUACACAUUUUACUUCACCAAUCAGAAGAUAUGCUGAUAUUAUAGUGCAUCGACUGCUGGCUGUGGCUAUUGGAGCAGACAGUACAUACCCUGACCUCACAGAUAAACAUAAAUUGGCAGAACUGUGUAACAAUCUCAAUUAUAGGCAUAAAAUGGCUCAGUAUGCACAGAGAGCUUCUGUUACCUUCCACACACAGUUAUUUUUCAAAAGCAAGGAUGUGGUGAAUGAAGAAGCAUAUAUUCUGUUUGUAAGGAAGAAUGCCAUUGUGGUUCUAAUUCCCAAAUAUGGCUUAGAAGGCACUGUCUUCUUUGAAGAAAAGGAUAAGCCAAAACCAACACUGCUGUACAACGACGAGAUACCAUCUCUUACUGUGGAAGGCACAACUUUCCAUACGUUUGACAAAGUAACAGUGAACAUCAUGUUAGACGCUUCCAAUGUCCAACACCAGAAAAUACGCAUGGCCUUGGUAGAGCCAACGGUACCAGGUAUUAGUGUUCCCAGCCAACAAAGCAGUAAAUGUGAACCAGAAAAGAAGAAGAAGAAGCUAGGGGAAUAGUUUCAUUUUAGCAAUUAAUACAUUUUCAACUGUUCAGUUAUGUUUGAAAAGCAUGUAUGACCUUUUAUACAAUUUUAAAAAUUCCUACAGAAAUUUGUUAAGUGUGAUUUGUACCUAUGUCCAAACAUUUUUAUUCUGAUACAAUGCAAUUUUUAAAUGCUAUUCAUGUAUUGUAUUAAAGGCCCCAGUGACAAAAAGAAGCUGAUCUUUUGGGAAUCCUUGGUUCUGCCUACCGAAGCAGAAAAAAAUGAAGUUUCAAUAUGGAACAUUUUCCUAAUGCAAGAUAGUCUGUAUUUAAGCUUUGACAGUUAGAACUGCUCUGUACCUUAGAAAUCAUAAGAUUUCAGAGUUAGGACCUGCUUUAUUUCUAGGCUGCAGUAAAGGUCUGUUUCUGAUGUUUACUCCUGUACAUCUAUCCCUUCCUGUCCUAUUUGUCUACUUUUAUUGAACAAAAAAAAUAGCACAUGUCACUGUUAUUAUGAAAUAGUGAUAAUGUAUAUAAGAAUAAAAAUAUAUAAACCAGAAA